GUUCGUGCAGCUGAAUCUUUAAUGAAGUUAAUAUCGGACAUAAAGCAGUAUCUUAUUCUGAAUGACUUUCCAUCUGUCAAUGAAGCUAUCUCUCAGAAAACAAAAAUGUGCAGAGCUGUGCAAGAUAGCAUUGAUUCUAAACUGACAAAUCUUAGAGAUGACAUGGCUUCUGAACUGUAUGAUUUAGAAGAGGAAUAUUAUUCAUCUGCUUUUAAAUUAAAGCCCAUGUUUUCAGAAGAUAAUGUCCUCAAUUAGCAAUAAUCCAUUCAAGGCUUAGGAUGAUUAUUUUAUUGCUUGCAUUUUUUAAAAUGCGAUCUUUGCAUCCGGUCCCGACAGGUUCUUUUGGCUGUAUCUGAAGUACAGUGCAUGUGGUUUGAAUCCUGCUGAUGAUGCAAUUAUGUUUUGGGGACGCAUUCAAGAUGAAAGAUUGGUCUUCCUGUUUCUCCUGAUGCUUGUUAGAUUUAUGAAAUCUUUAACAGCUGGGAAGUGUUGUGAAAUGUAUGAUUCUUUGUCAUAGUUUGAUAAAAGUUUGCUCAUUUAUUAAAAAUAUCUCUACAUUUGUA